AUGAAUAUAGGUAUUGAUUUAGAUGAUGAUAAUAAUAGCAAUAAAAACUAUAUAGCUGUAAAUAGUAGUAGUAGUAGUAGUAGUAGUAAUAGUAAUAAUAAUAGUAAUAAUAUAAAACUUAAUAUAAAGAAUGCAGAAGAUACAUUACUUGUUGUAGAUGUAUCACCUAAGGAUACGAUCGAUCAUCUUAAAUCGUUGAUACUCGAGAGGAAAGCAAAGAAAGCGCACAAAAUUAGAUUGAUCUACAAUGGAAAGAUGUUAAUCGAUAGUAAUAGCAUUGAGGAAUCAAAACUUACAAACGGUUGUUUUAUUAUAUGUUCGAUAACGGCACCUCUUAACUUGUCACCGACCAUCGCAGAACUACCACACGACGCAAUACUCAAUGCAACACCUCCAACACCAUCAAUAUCAACAUCACAACCAACCUCUUUAAAUGUAAAUAAUAAUAUUUUAUACGAUCCAACAACCAAUUCUUUUAGAACAAACGAUGAUAUUAUAUUAGAAAUGGAAAACUUUAGAAUGAAUCAAGACACUGUAGAAGAAUUGGAAUUCAUGUCACUUCAAACCAAUAUUGUCAGAGAUUCAUUAGAAUUGAUAUUUGGAAUGGCAUUUGGAUUCUUUUUUGGACCGAUCUCAUUGUUUUGGCUAUCGAAGGAUUAUUUAGCUCGGAGUAUAAAGUUUGGAAUUAUCAUAGGUGUAUCAUUAAAUGUUUUAAUUGGUUUAUCUUCUGUUACUUCACAGUGA